AUGGUGAAAGUAAGCAAACAAGUUAUGCAAAAAGCGGCGACACUACUCUCCGACUUCCUCGUUUGCCCUCUCUCCAAACAACCCCUAAGGGUUUCCGAGGAAUCAAAUUCCCUUAUCAGUGAUGCUAUUGCCGUUUCAUUUCCCAUAAAGAAUGGGAUACCUUGCUUGGUUCCAAGAGAUGGGAAGAUACUCGAGGAAGAAGAUGCAUCAAAACCAGAUAAUGAUGCCAAUUUAUAUUCAGUAAAUGAAGAUAAUAAGGGAAGAAGUUCCUAA